UUAGAAGCGAAAAAGAAAAAGCUCAGCAUCACAGAGUCACAAGCUUUGCCCAGUAGUGAGCACCAGUCCACCAUACCGAAAGCGCAGAGAAAGAGAGAAAUGGGAAUCACAGCCAAGUCCAAGGCCAAGAGUAGCUACGAAAAUUGGGGCAUGGGAUUACUCUUCGUUUUCUUCCCUGAAGAUAACUCCGCCUCCGCCGCCGCCGCCCCCACCACCACUUCCACCGCCAUUGUCGAUAAAGCUAGUCCCUCUUCAAGCCCCAGUAGUAGCAGCAAAACCAUCAAAAGAACCAACUCCAAUAGCCCCAUCCUCACAAAAGCUCAAUCCACCAUCUCUAUUUGUGCUCUUCUACUCUUCCUCACCCUCCUCCUCUUCACUCUCUCCACCUUCGAACCCACGAUCCCCAAUCCCACCACCACCAUUAAAACUCCUCGUAGAUUUCUCUCAGAUAACGCUCCUAACAAGUUCAUCAAGACCCACCAGGCAAAAUCCAAAUUUUCUUGGUUUUACAGCAUUUGGACAAGCCGAUAUCAACCUAGAAAUGGUCGUAAAAGAAGUGAAUUUCUCUCUUCUUUUGCUUUACAGGGAAUGGGCAAGCUCUAUAACCGUGGAACCAGAGCCAUGAGUGAUCUUAUUGUUGGUCAUGUAGUGGAAGACACCAAUGAAGAUGAGUUCAGGCUUUUCUUGAGACUAUUGCAUAGGUCGGGUCUCACAGCCAGAGCUGAUUUAGUUUUCAUAUUCGGUUCUUCCUCAUCUGCAUCAAGAUUUGAAGCUUUGAUUCAAGAAGAGAGCGACUCGUUCUUGAAACUCGUUCGUCAAUACAUAGAAUUGAACAACACGAGUCAUGACUCAGUGUCGGUGCCUCCGUUGAGAUUUGACGUGACUCAGUUUGUGAAGCGUGGGAAGAAGGAACUGGGAGAGCCUCUAUGGGGGAAAAGAAUUCGGGUUAAUGGUUACAAUGACUCGGAAGAAAGUGAAGGUAAGUCGACUCAGUUCAGUUACGGGUCAGUAGUAGGUUUUGAAGCGAGUGAGCUUGAUCCAGAGAACUCGCUUUCUGGGUUCUUAGACCAUGUACCAAUGAGUUUGAGAAGAUGGGCUUGUUAUCCAAUGUUGCUCGGUCGAGUUAGGAGAAAUUUUAAGCACAUGAUGUUAGUGGACGUGAAAAAGCUGGUAUUACUCAGUGAUCCACUCGGCCUAGUCAGGAAUCAGAGUCCAGAGUCAGUGUACAUAUCAACAAAACAACAAACUACCAGCUCAACAAAGCAUGGCAAAAGGAACAACAACUCAGACAAAACCCAGUCUCAAUCUCCAGUUAACUCAGCGAUUUUGAUGGGAGGAACUCAGGGAACUCGCCGGUUUUCAAAAGCAAUGCUAACCGAAAUCGUCCGAGCUGCCAUGCAACACAAGAAGAAGAACUCAAUAACCGAGUCUGCAAUUUUGGGUCAACUAGUGAGCAAUGUGCACAUAUUGAAGAACAUAAAUUUGAUAAAAUCUACCGAGUCAAUCACAGAAGCGAGUAAACUCAAUGAGUCAAACUCAUCAAGCAAGUGGGGUAAUUAUAGAAUAAUCCAAAGAGGUAAUGAUAAUUAUGAUCUUAAUUCAAUCAUUAUGAAGCACAUAUGUUCAUGGGAAGUAGAUUCUGGUGUUUAUAGAGACUGCUAGCAAGGAAAUCAGAAAAAAAAAAUAAAGGAAAAUAGAAUUUGAGAGGAAAAAAAAUAAGGGAAAUAGAGGAUUUGUUGUUUCUAUAAAUAGUUGUUUUUAUUUAUUUAA